UCCCUAUCUCUACAAAAAGUGUGAAGAAAGUGUAGAAUUUUGGGCAUUAAUUUAUUUAUUUUACAAAAUGACUGAAAAUAGUCUCAAUGAUACUACUGUAACACAAGAAAAUGUUGAAAAGGCGGAAAGGUACAAAACCGAAGCAAACGAAUAUUUUAAAAACCAAGAUUUUAAUACGGCCAUUAAUUUAUAUACAAAAGCAAUAGAAUGUAACCCUAAUAUAGCUAUUUAUUAUGGAAAUCGUAGUUUCGCCUAUCUCAAAUCCGAAUUUUUUGGAUACGCUUUAACAGACGCAUCGAAAGCAAUCGAAUUAGAUCGAUCGUAUCUCAAAGGAUUUUAUAGGAGAGCUGCAGCACAUAUGUCACUAGGGAAAUUCAAAGAGGCGUUGAAAGAUUACGAAUAUGUAACCAAAGCUAAACCAAAUGAUAAGGAUGCGAAACUAAAGUACACAGAAUGUAAUAAAAUUGUAAAAAAAAUUGCUUUCGAAAAGGCAAUAUCCGUGGAGGAUAAUAAAAGAAAUAUCGCAGACACUAUUGAUUUAGAUGCUAUGGCGAUUGAGAAUGAUUAUAACGGACCGGAGUUGGAAGAUGGUAAAGUUACAUUACAAUUUAUGAAGGAUUUAAUGGAACUUUACAAAAAGCAAGGCAAACUACAUAGGAAAUAUGCGUACAAGAUAUUAUUAGACAUUAAAGCUUACUUUUCUGCACAACCGUCACUUGUCGAUGUAAAUAUUGAAGAUGACGAUAAGUUUACAGUAUGUGGCGAUAUUCAUGGCCAGUUUUUCGAUCUCAUGAACAUUUUCGAGCUAAAUGGAUUGCCUUCGCCAACUAAUCCAUAUCUAUUUAAUGGGGACUUUGUGGAUCGAGGUUCCUUUUCUGUUGAAUGCAUUUUUACAUUAUUCGGUUUUAAGUUAUUAUAUCCAAAUUAUUUCUUUAUGUCACGAGGCAAUCAUGAGAGUGCUACAAUGAACCAAAUGUAUGGUUUCGAAGGGGAGGUUAAAGCCAAAUAUACUGCGCAAAUGGCAGACUUAUUCACUGAAGUAUAUAAUUGGUUACCUUUAGCGCAUUGUUUAAAUAAUAGGGUGCUGGUAAUGCAUGGCGGACUAUUCAACAGAGAUGAUGUUACAUUGGCGGAUAUCCGUGCAAUAGAACGUAACAGACAACCGCCCGAAGACGGCCUCAUGUGCGAGUUGCUGUGGUCAGAUCCCAUGCCUCAAAAUGGCAGAACGACCAGCAAGCGAGGUGUCGGUUGUCAGUUUGGGCCGGAUAUAACAAAAAAAUUCUUAGCGCAAAACAAAUUGGAUUACAUAAUAAGAAGUCACGAAGUAAAAAAUGAUGGUUACGAAAUAGCGCAUGAUAAUAAAUGCAUUACCGUUUUUUCUGCACCUAACUAUUGUGAUACUAUGGGGAACAAAGGGGCAUUCAUUACACUUAAGGGAAAAGAUAUGAUACCUAAAUAUACAACUUAUGAUGCUGUGCCCCAUCCAAACGUUAAACCAAUGGCGUAUGCUAAUUCGUUACUAAGUCUAAUGUGCUAGUACUCGGAUCGGUAGGUCUGUAGAAUAAUUUUAUCAGUACAGGUAUCUGAAGGUCUAUAUAAAUAGCUUUACUUUUAAGUAGGUAAUUCAAUAACCAUCCACUCUCAUCAAGGCGUAGUAAUUAAUUGAUUGUUAUGUUUGUUAUCUCAUUGUAAGGCGGUCAUUUUACUCGUCAUUUUUUUAAUUCUACAAUGUACAAUUACAUGGAAAUAAAAUGAUAUUUUAAUUUAA